UAAAUGGAUCUGAAAAAUGGAUCUGUAGUGACCGAGUUUAUUUUACUAGGAUUUUCUGUAGGAUGGGAACUUCAGUUUGUCUUCUUGGUGACAUUCUCCUUGAUCUAUGGUGCUACUGUGUUGGGAAAUGUUCUCAUCAUGGUCACGGUGACAUUCAGUUCCAGCCUUCACUCUCCCAUGUACUUCCUCCUUGGAAACCUCUCCUUCCUGGACAUGUGUCUCUCCACAGUCACCACACCCAAGAUAAUCAGAGAUUUGCUCACUGAACACAAGGUCAUCUCCAUGUGGGGCUGCAUGGCUCAGAUGUUCUUUAUGCACUGCUUUGGAGGUGCUGAGAUGACUCUUUUGAUAGCCAUGGCUUUUGACAGGUAUGUAGCCAUAUGUAAACCCUUACACUACAGGACGAUCAUGAGCCACAAGUUGCUGAAAGGGUUUGUUAUACUUUCAUGGACAAUUGGCUUUAUACACACCAUGAGUCAGAUUGUAUUAACAGUGAACUUGCCUUUCUGUGGCCCCCACAUCAUAGACAAUAUAUUUUGUGACCUUCCCCUUGUGAUUAAGCUUGCCUGUAUGGACACCUACACCCUGGAAUUAUUUGUCAUUGCUGACAGUGGACUGCUCUCACUUAUCUGUUUCCUCCUGCUGCUUGUCUCCUAUACUGUCAUCCUGCUCACUGUGCAACAAAGAUCAUCUGGAGGGCUCUCCAAGGCUCUGUCCACGUUGUCUGCCCACAUCACCGUGGUCACUCUGUUCUUUGGGCCAUGUAUCUUUAUCUAUGCCUGGCCAUUCAGUAGUUUUGCAGGCAAUAAAAUCCUUUCUGUAUUUUACACUGUUAUCACACCCUUACUCAAUCCUAUUAUUUACACUUUGAGAAAUGAGAAAAUGCAAGAGGCCAUGAGAAAAUUAUGGUUCCAAAAUGCUAGCUCCACACAGAAGAAGUUCUAG